GUUAAACAACUUUAGCGUAAGUCGGUUUGUGUAGACAACAUUCAGAGUAUUCAACAUGGACAUGAUCGGUGUGCUAGUCUUUCUGUUUGCAGUGGGUUCCUCCUAUGCGCAGGUCGGGAACUAUUCACAUACACAGAUCCUUGGAGCUAUGAAUAAAGUGUUUGAUGUAGUAGACGCUAAUAAGGAUGGUUUUGUGCAAGCGAGUGAACUGGAGGAAUCAUGGCUCCACAUUGAUAGUAACCACGAUGACCUGGUGAGUGAAGCGGAGUAUGAACAAAGAGGUGCCCAGCAUGCCUUUCGUGGUAUAGUGUUUCAGGAAAUGGACAACGAUGGCGAUGGUUACGUGGGCCGCAGUGCCAUAUUGGGGGAAUAUACCAUAAUGGAUACGAACAGCGACAACACCGUCAGUCGAAAUGAGUUCGACACAUUUUAUGCAGAGUUAAUUGAAAAAGCCGUACAUAAUUACGGACAUCUAUUAGGCUGACAGACGGCAAUACGUUGAUGAGACUAGCUGUCGGAUGCGUUCUAAUUUGAUGGCUGUUUCGUAAUUAAUAAAGAUAUAUAAUGCUUAAA